CCGGCCGCCGGCCGAAGCCGUGGAGGAAGCCAGAUAGAAAGGAGCGAGCUUAGCCGGGCAGCGGCCGCCGGUGGAAGAAACUGGCGAUGGCGGCAGUGGUCGGCGGCAGUACUCGGCGAGGGACCCUCAUGUAUUCUCAGAAAAAUCUCACAUCAAAAAAAAAAUAUGAUUUUGAAGACAUCUUGGAGGAGAGGCGGCAGUCCAGUGACCUCAGAUAUGCAAUGAGAUGCUACACUCCUGUUGUGUAUAAAGAACUUUCUCCCUGCAAGCCAAGUGCCAUUAAAACUAUUGUGUUGCAUUCUGAACAAGUACAGUAUGUUAUCAGAGAGCUGUCAAAAGAAAUGGGUGAAUCUCCUGACAUCGUACAGGAAGAAGCUGCAGAAAUUCUGGAUGAGAUGGCACACAGCAUGCACAUGGGAGCAAUCCGGUUUUUUGCUUUCACACUGAGCAAAUUAUUUAAAUGCCUUUUUAAGAGCAUUUGUGUAAAUGAAGAGGGCAUACAGAAAUUACAACAGGCAAUUCAAGAGCAUCCAGUUGUUCUGCUGCCCAGUCAUCGAAGUUAUGUGGAUUUUCUCUUGUUAUCUUAUGUGCUGUUUGCCUAUGACUUGGCUUUGCCCGUCAUUGCUGCGGGAAUAGAUUUCCUGGGAAUGAAAGUGGUCGGUGAGCUCCUACGAAAAUCAGGUGCCUUUUUUAUGCGACGUACGUUUGGUGGGAACAAACUCUAUUGGGCAGUGUUCGCUGAAUAUGUCAAAACAAUGUUGAAGAAUGGCUAUGCCCCCGUUGAGUUUUAUCUUGAAGGGACAAGAAGUCGGACUGCAAAGACUUUGGUUCCAAAGUUUGGUCUCCUCAAUAUCGUGAUGGAUCCAUUUCUUAAAAGGGAGGUCUUUGACAUUUACCUUGUCCCAAUUAGUAUCAGUUAUGAGAAAGUACUGGAAGAAUCUCUUUAUGCACAUGAACUUUUAGGUGUCCCUAAACCAAAGGAAUCUACAUCGGGACUAUUGAAAGCCAGGAAAAUUCUGAGUGAAGAUUUUGGAAGCAUACAUGUAUACUUUGGACAGCCUUUAUCGCUUAGAACACUGGCUGCUGGGAGAAUCAACCGCUGUCCAUAUAACUUGGUUCCAAGGCAUAUUCCACAAAAGCCCUCUGAGGAAAUCCAUGAAUUUGUUAGCGAUGUGGCCUACAAAAUAGAACUCCUUCAGAUAGAAAACAUGGUUCUGAACCCAUGGAUAUUAAUUUCUACUGUCCUUCUCCAGAAUUUACCAGCUAUAAAUUUUGAACUUCUGUUGGAAAAAACACUUUGGCUGAAAGAUUUAACUCAGUCCUUUGGAGGAUUUCUUGACUGGCCUGAUAAUCUGUGUGCCAACAAAGCAGUGAGAUCCAGUCUUUCUCUGCACUCCAACAUCGCAAGCCUUGUCAAUGGCCAGGUGGUUCUUAAUGACACAGAAAUGGGACCUAGUGCUGCUGGGGACAGUGUUUUUAAGGAAGCCCUUUCCAUCCUCCUGUGUGGGUCCUACAGGAACCAGCUGCUUAAUGUCUUUGUGCGACCAGCCCUUGUAGCGCUGGCAUUGCAAAUGACAUGCAAUUCCAGAAAAGAGGAAGUCUAUAGCAGUUUUGCUUUCUGGCUUGAUGUUUUUUCUGAUGAAUUCGUCUUUUUUCCUGGAAUACCUCUGAAGGAUUUUGAAGAAGGCUGUUACUUGCUUACUAAAUGUGAUGCAGUUCAGGUCACUCCACAGCAAAUCUUUGUUACAGAGAAAGGAAGUGAUGUCAUCUCUUUUCUGACAGGAAUGUUCAGGCCUUUUGUGGAAGGUUACCAGAUAAUUUGCAGAUAUCUUUCCAAGGAGAUGGCAACUGAGACUUUUUCUGAGAAGCAGUUUAUAUUUGGAGUCCGAAGUUUUGCUUCUCAGCUUCUUGAGACAGGAAGCACACAAUGUUAUGAGGUGCUGUCUUCAGAUAUGCAGAAAAAUGCUUUGGCAACUCUUGUGCGAUUAGAUGUUGCAAAGAAGAUAAAAAUGUCUAAUGGAUUCACUUACAGUGUAAGUAAAGAGGCUCUGAGUAUAACUGCAGCAAUGUUUGAAUCUAGGAUACCUGUAAGGAAACCAGUAGCUGCACGACUGUAACAGGAGGUGGAUUGAGUGGUUGGCCCUGCACACUACGAUUACAGAGAAGAGUUGGGAGUAAAGCGGAUUAUGGAAGGAAUGUUACAGAAAGCUAAAGGACACACUUUUCAUCUUGGAAAAGUUUUUGCCGCUUGUAAGUGGGAAGAACUCCAGAAGUUGAGAUACUUCCAUCAGCACUCUUAAGAACUUUUAUUAGCCUUGAUGCUUAAAAUUAUUUGUAUACUUACAUUCUCCUUUAAUAAACAUUCUCUCCUUCCUUCACCCACAAGUUGGCAUUUGACAGAAUUGCACAGCAUCAUCUGAAAUAUUUGUCAGGAUAGAAAAAUAGUUGGUUUUAUAUAAUUAUUUUGUUCUUGAAGAGAAUUGUAACGAAACAACUAAAGAUAACAUUAAAAGGAAUAUUUAAAUAAAAA